AUGAGGACCGGCCUGACUCAGACUCAGUCUGAGACCAACCCCGAGAUCAGUGUGUUCGAGAUCACCGUGUUCGAGAUCAGUGUGUUCGAGAUCAGUGUGUUCGAGAUCAGUGUGUUCGAGAUCAGUGUGUUCGAGAUCACCGUGUUCGAAAUCACCGUGUUCGAGAUCAGUGUGUUCCAGAUCAGUGUGUUCCAGAUCAGUGUGUUCCAGUUCAGUGUGUUCGAGAUCAGUGUGUUCGAGAUUAGUGUGUUCCAGAUCAGUGUGUUCCAGAUCAGUGUGUUCGAGAUCAGUGUGUUCCAGAUCACCGUGUUCGAGAUCAGUGUGUUCCAGAUCACCGUGUUCGAGAUCAGUGUGUUCCAGAUCAGUGUGUUCGAGAUCAGUGUGUUCGAGAUCAGUGUGUUCGAGAUCAGUGUGUUCGAGAUCACUGUGUUCGAGAUCAGUGUGUUCGAGAUCACUGUGUUCGAGAUCACUGUGUUCCAGAUCACUGUGUUCGAGAUCACUGUGUUGCAGAUCGCCGUGUUCGAGAUCAGUGUGUUCGAGAUCAGUGUGUUUGAGAUCAGUGUGUUCGAGAUCAGCGUGUUCGAGAUCACUGUGUUCGAGAUCACCGUGUUCGAGAUCACCGUGUUCGAGAUCACCGUGUUCGAGAUCACCGUGUUCGAAAUCACUGUGUUCGAGCUCACCGUGUUCGAGAUCACCGUGUUUGAGAUCAGUGUGUUCGAAAUCACUGUGUUCGAGAUCACCGUGUUCGAGAUCGCCGUGUUCGAGAUCAGUGUGUUCGAGUUCAGUGUGUUCGAGAUCAGCGUGUUCGAGAUCACCGUGUUCGAAAUCACCAUGUUCGAGAUCACCGUGUUCGAGAUCACCGUGUUCGAAAUCACCAUGUUCGAGAUCACCGUGUUCGAGAUCACCGUGUUCGAAAUCACCAUGUUCGAGAUCACCGUGUUCGAGAUCACCGUGUUCGAGAUCACCAUCAGUGUGUUCGAGUUCAGUGUGUUCGAGAUUAGUGUGUACGAGAUCACCGUGUUCGAGUUUGCCGUUUUCGAGAUCAGUGUGUUCGAGAUCAUUGUGUUCGAGAUCGCCAUGUUCGAGAUCAGUGUGUUUGAGAUCAGUGUGUUCGAGAUCAGUGUGUUCGAGAUCAGUGUGUUCGAGAUCAUCGUGUUCGAGAUCGCCAUGUUCGAGAUCAGUGUGUUUGAGAUCAGUGUGUUCGAGAUCAGUGUGUUCGAGAUUAGUGUGUACGAGAUUAGUGUGUACGAGAUCACCAUGUUCGAGUUUGCCGUUUUCGAGAUCAGUGUGUUCGAGAUCAUCGUGUUCGAGAUCACCGUGUUCGAGAUCACUGUGUUCGAGAUUACCGUGUUCGAGAUCACUGAGUUAAACGCAGGAUCCUCUGGGCCCAGUUCAAAGCAGCUCAUUUCAGAGUCUCGUCCUGUAUCUGACCUGAAGCUCUUACUUAAAUAUUGA